AUCAUUCUGGCCCUAUUACGCAUAUUUAUCUUCGUGCUUGCCUAAUGGAGCAAACAAUCUAUUUUACCGAGUUGUUUUUUCACGUUUGUUCCCAGUGAUAUAAUGCAAUUAAAAAGUGCGUGUACAAAUAUAACCAGCUGAAAGUCGACGCAGUGUCAACAUGACUCCAGCGAAUAAAGUUCGCGAAAUAUCUUUAAAGUUUGCACAGCUGCUUUGUGGUAGGCUCAGUAUUUUGCAAAUUUUUAUUUGAGUAGCCUGGAUCAGAUAGUAUUAUGCGUACGGUUCUCACGCUAAUGCGGAUAAACCCAAAUCCGUCAGAUGUUGGCCUCCUACCUUACAAAAUAGGUAUAAAAAGUGUGGUGGUCCAGCCAGAACAGCAUCAGUUGAUCGUACCCAACUACCAGUGGCCAACAUGAAGUACUACUGUGCGCUGCUCCUUUUGGCCAUUCUGGGAUGCUGCCUGGUGAGCCUGUCGAGUGCUGCCACAGGCACAUCCACAACUACUACGGAAGCCUCCACCUCCACCACCACCACCACAGCCGCGUCCACGACCACCACAACCACCGCAAGCACCACAACCACCACCACCACAGCUGCUUCCUCCAAAAAAAAGAAGCACGUGGUUCACUACAAGCGCAAGACCCGCCGCCCCAAGAAGGUCAGGAAGAUCCACCGCAGGAAGAGGCGCAGCGGUUAAACAGCUUUUUAUUUCCUUCAAUCCGACUCGAUUUGUUUUGAGCUCAAACUUCUUAAAUUCGGCUCCUGUUAUGGUUAAAUUCUCAAUAAAG